AUGCUGAUAUUUCUGGUGAUGCUUUUUGUACUGCCACCUCACACAACAUGCAAGGCUCACAUUGUGAAGUGUCAUGUUCAUGAUCCACACCCUCCACUUCACAAGUAUCACAAGUCAGGAGACCUCAUCCUUGGUGGCAUAGCUUCUCACAGCUACAUCAUCUCUAAUGCCUUAGCCUUCGCUGAAGAUCCCCCACAGGUAUUGCCUGAAGAGCUGGUCAUGGUGCCUAAGAAUUACCAGCACAUCCUGGCCUUGGCAUUUGCAGUAAAGGAGAUCAAUGGCAACCCUCAGAUCUUAUCCAAUACAACCUUGGGCUUCCACAUCUUUGACAGCUAUUUCAUUGCAAGGGGGACUUAUCAUGCCACACUGCUCCUUACGUCCAGCCCAGACAGAUUCGUCCCCAACUACAAAUGUGACACUCAGAUUGAUUUGAUAGGUGUCAUUGGGGGACUCGACCCCCUAACCUCUCUUUAUGCAGCAACAGUUUUGGAUAUCUACAAAAUUCCACAGCUCACAUAUGGUCCUGCUCCCAUCAUGCAUGAUAAAACUCCAGGCCUCUCCUUCUACCAAAUGGUCCCCCAGGAAGCCCUUCAGUAUGAGGGGAUUCUCUCCUUACUUCUGCAUUUCAAGUGGAUAUGGAUUGGGCUCCUUACGAUGGAACUUGAGAAUGGAGAACAAUUUGUGCAAACAGUAGUUCCAAUGUUUUCCUCUAGUGGUAUCUGUUUUGCCUUCAUAGAAAGAAUCCCCAAAGUAUCUUUCAUCACUGAACUGAAAGACCUGUUACAAGAGGGUGCGAAAAUACGUGAUAAAGUAAUGGGUAGCAAUGCCAAUGUGAUAGUCUUCUAUGGAGAAUCUUACUCAAUGAUAUUUCUUAGAUGGUUUCCAUAUUUAUCAGAAGAAGAAGAGAUGGGAGCGGAAGCAAGAGAUAUGAGUGAUUGUUCCACAUGUUCAGAACAAACAUAUCCAAAUAAAAACCAUGAUUUAUGUAUUCCCAAGGAAAUAAGCUUCUUGUCUUUUGAAGAACCUGUGGGGCUAGGUUUAGCCUUUUCUGCUCUUUCCAGUUCUUUGUUCACCAUUCUAGUCCUCUUCACAUUUAUGAAGAACCACAACACUCCCAUUGUCAAAGCCAACAACCGGCAGCUCUCCUACACGCUCCUCCUCUCCCUCCUGCUCUGCUUCCAUUCUGCACUGCUAUUCAUUGGACAGCCUCAGAAGGUGUCAUGUCUCCUCCGUCAAACUGCUUUUGGCAUCGUCUUCUCAGUGGCUGUUUCAUGUGUGCUGGCAAAAACCCUCACUGUGGUUCUGGCUUUCAUGGCCACCAAGCCAGGAUCCAGAAUGAGGAAAUGGGUGGGAAAGAGGCUGGCCAAUUCCAUUGUACUUUCUUGCCCCCUUAUACAAGGAAGCAUUUGCAUUGUGUGGCUGGCAAUCUCUCCUCCGUUGCCAGAGGCUGAUAUAGAUUCAGUGGCUGGACAAAUUAUACUCAGAUGCAAUGAGGGGUCUGUGACAAUGUUUUACUGUGUCCUUGGCUAUAUUGGCUUCCUGGCCAUUGCCAGCUUCACUUUGGCCUUCCUUGCAAGGAAGUUACCCGACACGUUCAAUGAAUCCAAAUAUAUCACUUUUAGCAUGUUAGUGUUUUGCAGUGUGUGGUUAUCCUUUGUUCCAACCUACUUGAGCACCAAGGGGAAAUACAUGGUAGCUGUGGAGAUCUUUUCUAUCUUAGCCUCCAGUGCUGGAUUGUUGGUCUGCAUCUUUUUCCCCAAAUGCUACAUUAUUUUGUUGAAGCCUGAAUUGAACAAAAGGGAACAGCUAAUACGAAGAACUAAUUGA